AUGAAUUCAUCUGCACUGUCCCUGAAAGGCUCCUCGGAGUUGUCUCUUCUUGUGUUCAAUGGGAAGAAAGAUACCUUCCGCGUGUGGUCCAGAAAGUUUAUGAACUACCUGGAGGGCCUUACAAUUGAAUUGACGGGUUUAUGGAUCGGAGAGUCUGAUAAACGCCCUCAACCUGUGACGAAGUUCGAGGACUGGCUGGUGUCAGUGCCUGCUCUUCAUCAAUCCGAGAUUGAUGCUACUGAAAAGUAUAAGCAUUACUUGGACUGGUAUCGCAAGCGACAGGACCAGAAAGUUCGGUCGCUGUUGGUCGAGCCACGGGCGCCCAAGAACAACGUGCCCUGCGGCGCCAUCCGUGCCGAAGUUCCCUUGCCACGGCAGGCGGAGGUGCCUCUCCCAGCCAGUACGAGCCCUGCGGAAGAAUCCCUGGCCGACUACCUUGGCCUUGGUCUCGACGACGACUUUGAGGCGAGUAGUCCGUACUACACGCCCGCCCAAGAACGUAUGGAAGCUGUAGCCGGAAUGAUUGGGCUCUCGACGGUGGAUGCGGCCAUCACAUGA